AUGUCCGUCCGAGACCCCGUCCCCGCCAUGUCCGCCGCCCUCAAAGGCGCCCAGAUCUACUUUGGCCCAUUCCUCGUCACCUCCCAGGUAAAGUACCCUCCCAUCCCUCACCGGAAGAUUAUCAGUCUAACAGUCCACAAGGUCUUCCACCUCACACCACUCUCCUUCGCCCUCGUAAACCUCAAACCCAUCCUCCCGGGCCACGUCCUCGUUUCCUCGCGCCGGCGCGUUCCCCGCGUCGCGGACCUGACCGCCGCCGAAACGAGCGAUCUCUUCCUUACCGUGCAGCGGGUCGGACGGAUGGUUGAGCGCGUGUACGGCGCGUCGAGUCUAAAUAUCGCUGUGCAGGACGGGCCGGAGGCGGGGCAGAGCGUGGCGCAUGUGCAUGCCCACAUCAUCCCGCGGAAACGGGCGGAUCUGGACCAUCGGGGUGGGAUAGAUGCGGUUUAUCAUUUGUUGGAUGGGGAGGAGGGGGAUCUGAGGCGGGCGUUUGGGGAGGGGAAGGAGGGUGAGAGGAGGCCGAGAGCGAAGUUCCCUGCUGUUGAUAAUGAGGGGCGGUCGCCGAGGAGUAUGGAGGAGAUGGAGGCUGAGGCGGAGAUGUUGGCGAGGGAGAUGGAGAGGAUGGAGAGGGAGAUUGUGGGGUGA